AUGGGAUCUGCUCAGUCCAAGAUCGCAGAUGAGCCGACCUCUGGAGUCUCGCCGUCUCUAGCCUUGUGGGCUAAGGACAAUGACAUAUCAAGCGAGGAUAUCGCUGAAGCCUAUGGGUUGGGGGCGAAGGACAACUCAAUGCUCAGUGCGACCACAAUACGGCCAAAUGAAGGCCGAGCCAAGGAUCUAGAGGUGGGCAAGUACAUCGGCAUCGACUGCGAGAUGGUUGGCAUAGGGGAAAAGGGUUACGAAUCAGCACUUGCGCGCGUCAGCGUGGUCGACUUUCAUGGCCGUCAGGUCUACGAUUCAUAUGUGCGCCCGCAGGAACGAGUCACAGACUGGCGGACUCAUGUCAGCGGCAUCACUCCGAAGCUUAUGGCGGUCGCAAGGGACUUUGAAGAAGUUCAAACAGAGGUGGCCGGACUCAUGAAAGGCAGGAUCGUUGUGGGCCAUGACAUCAGACACGACUUGCAAGUCCUGAAGCUGGACCACCCCAGAAAAGACGUUCGCGACACGGCCAGGUUCGCGGGCUUCAAGAAGUAUGGGCAUGGACCCAAGCCUGCUCUUCGAGUGCUCGCAAAAGAGAUAUUGGGCGUGGAGAUCCAGACUGGGCAACACUCAAGUAUCGAGGAUGCUCGUGUUGCCAUGCUUCUCUUUCGGAAAUUCAAACCAGCAUUCGAUGUCACACAUGCUAACCGCUACCCCGACCAAACUACGCAGGCCUCCAAAGGAAAGCCGAAGCUGAAGAAGACCGCCAAAAAGAAUAAACGUUAA